CAUUCUCCAUAAACAUAUACUGUAGAAGUCUCUUGUGAGUUGUGAUAGCCCUCUGUUACUCCAAAGAGCCUUCUAUGUCUCCCUUCACACUCAUGAUGCUAACUAAAAGGCGAUCCAUUCUCCUGCUCUUGGCUUUUCUGUUAGUGCAACCAUGCAUACUUCACUUGUCUCACUCUUCCAACAACUUUACAGAUCAAUCAGCUCUCAUUGCCUUCAAAUCUGAAAUCAGUUUUCAUCCAAAUGAUACUAUCUUCUCUGCUGGUAACUGGUCCACAACAACAAACUUCUGUGAGUGGUUUGGGGUCUCUUGCAGCCGACGCAGACAAAGAGUCACAGCCUUGAACCUUUCCUAUGUGGAUCUUCACGGCACCAUUUCCCCUCAUAUUGGCAACCUCUCCUUCCUGGUCUCACUUGAUCUUCAAAACAACAGCUUCUCCGGUUUUCUGCCACAUGAGAUUGGUAAUCUACACCGCUUGAGGGAACUUCGGUUGUCAAACAACCUAUUGGAAGGUAGUAUUCCUCCGACUCUACAUAAUUGCCAGAAGCUUGUAGUUUUAUUUCUUGAUGGAAACAAAUUAAAUGGUAGCAUACCUAAAGAUUUAGGCAUGUUACCAAGGGUUCGCGUAAUAGAGCUUAGUCAAAACAAACUUAUGGGUACAAUUCCAUCGUCCCUCGGCAAUAUGUCGUCAUUAGAGUUCUUGGAUUUGAGUUACAAUAGCCUCACCGGUGCAUUUCCUCUUCUCAUCUUUAACUUGUCUUCUCUAAUAAAGAGUAUUGAUAUUACAGAAAAUAACCUCUCAGGAACCCUUCCAAUGGAUCUUUGUAGCUGUUGUCCUAAUCUUCAAGGACUGUAUAUUUCCUACAACAAAUUCAGCGGUAAGCUCCCCUCACAGUUUAAUAACUGCAGAGAGCUUUUAGAAUUAUCUCUAUCAUACAAUAUGGUUGAUGGAAGUAUUUCAAAAGGUUUUGGGAGUUUAAAAAAGGUUGAACUCCUCUAUCUUGGAGGUAACAACUUAAUUGGAAACAUUCCUCCUAUCAUAAGCAAUUUAUCGAUGUUACAAGGGUUUUAUGCUGAAGAAAACAACAUUAAAGGAAGCAUGCCAAGUGAUUUAUGGUGUCUCCACAAUCUGAAGGAAUUGAAUAUUUAUUUUAAUGAUCUCACUGGGACAAUACCUCAAAAUAUUUUCAACAUUACCUCUCUACAAAUGCUCAACUUGAUGGGUAAUUCCUUGUCUGGAAAUCUUUCAUUUGAUACUAGGAUCCCUUGCCCUAAUCUUGGAAGCUUGUUUCUUGAUGGCAACAACAUUAGCGGUCGUAUCCCAUCAUAUCUUUCAAAUUGUUCCAACCUCGUCGAAGUAGAUUUAUCUGUAAAUUUACUCUCUGGGCCUAUACCUAGAAGCCUUGGAAGCUUAAAAUAUCUCAAAAUCUUGGGUCUAUUUGAUAAUCAACUAACAGAGGAGUCUGGGCAUCAAGAGCAUAGUUUUCUUACAUCUUUAACCAGUUGCACAUCUUUAGAGGAGCUACUUAUUUCCAACAAUCCCUUGAAUAUUACCAUUCCGGAAACCAUUGGAAAUUUUUCGGCUUCACUUAAAAUCAUUGAUGCAAGUCAAAGCCAAACAAAGGGUAAAAUUCCAAUGGGAAUCGGUUCCUUGAAAAAUUUGACCUGGCUUGAUUUGAGCUAUAACAAUUUGUCUGGAAAUUUACCGUCAACGUUAGGGGGAUUAGAGGAAUUGCAAAGGUUGCAUCUUAGAGACAAUAAUAUUAGAGGAAACAUUCCAGAAGAGCUUUGUCAACUAAUCAAGCUGGGAGAACUAUUUCUCUCAAAUAACAAAAUUUCUGGAUCCAUCCCGAAUUGCAUUGGAAACCUCAAUCUUUUGCAGAGAUUAAACUUGAGUUAUAACAAAUUGACAUCAUCAAUCCCAUUGAAUGUGUGGAAUCUUGAAAAUAUGUUGUUCUUGGAUUUAUCAUCAAAUUCCCUCUAUGGAUCUUUAUCUCCAAACAUGAAAACACUCAAAGCUAUUGAGUACUUGAAUUUAUCUCAUAACCAAAUUACUGGAAAAGUUCCAAGUAUCAUUGGUGCUUUUGAAAGUCUUAGUAAUCUUGAUUUGUCAAAGAAUUCAUUUCAAGGAGACAUUCCAGAUUCUUUUGGGCAGUUGAAAGGAAUGGAUCUACUGGACCUCUCUAAUAAUAAUCUCUUAGGUGCAAUUCCUAAGUCUCUGGAGGCACUUCGGUUUCUCAAGUAUUUGAAUUUGUCAUUCAAUAAGUUAUCAGGAGAGAUACCAUCUGGUGGACCUUUUGCAAACUUCAAGGCAAAAUCAUUUUUAGGUAAUGAAGCACUUUGUGGGAAUUCAAUUUUUGGAGUUCCACCUUGCAUGAGUCCAAGUUCUAAAGGAGCAAGGAUGAAACAACUUUUGCUCAAAUAUUUUAUUCCUAGCAUUGCAUCAAUUAUAAUCUUUGCAAUGCUUGUCAUUAUGCUAAGAAGACAUCCACAAUAUAACAUGCAAAUUCCAAGUUCACUUUUCACAUUACCUACAGUGGAUUGGAGAAUGAUAUCGUAUCAAGAACUUUGUCGUGGGACAAACAACUUUUGUGAAAGCAACUUGCUUGGAAUUGGAGGGUUUGGUACUGUGUACAAAGGGAUACUGUCCGAUGGGACUAUUGUUGCUGUAAAAGUUCUAAACCUGCAUUUGGAGGAUGCUUUUAAAAGUUUUGAUGCUGAAUGCAAGGUGUUAAGGGCAUUACGACAUAGGAAUCUGGUUAAAGUCAUUAGUGUAUGCUCCAGUCCCCAGUUUAAAGCUUUGGUGUUGCAGUACAUGUCAAAUUAUAGCCUUGAAAAGUGGAUAUACUCUCACAACUACUGCUUGAAUCUUGUUCAAAGAGUAGGCAUUAUGGUUGAUGUUGCAUCGGCAUUAGAUUAUCUCCAUAAUGGUCAAUUAGAAUCCGUGGUGCAUUGUGAUUUGAAGCCUAGCAAUAUUCUUUUGGAUGAGGACAUGGUUGCACAUGUUGGAGACUUUGGCAUUGCAAAGAUUUUAGCUGAAAACAAGGACGCAACCCAAACCAGAACCAUUGGUACAAUUGGCUACAUCGCACCAGAGUAUGGUUCUGAAGGGAGAGUAUCCACCAAAUGUGACAUUUAUAGUUAUGGGAUAAUAUUGUUGGAGAUGAUCACAAGAAAAAAACCUACCGAUGAAAUGUUUGUUGGAGAACUAGGUAUGAGGCAAUGGAUUGCUUCACUUCCUGACAGAAUGGAAGUUGUGGACGAUGGUUUGCUUAGUAUUGAAGAUGGAAGAGAUGUAACUGUCAUGCAAACUAUCCUUUCAUCUAUCUUGGAAUUAGGCUUGAGGUGUUCUGAAGAAUUACCAGAUGAAAGACUUGAAAUCAAGGACGUGGUGGCCAAGGUUAACAAAAUCAGAUUGGCACUACUUGGAAACAGAAAUAGGGGUGUCUGAUAUUUACGCUAUUGCUCAAGUUUUUUUUUAAGAAUUUUUGGUCAUGGGAUCUUACACAGGUAAUUUCCUCUGAAACCUUUUGUUGCCAUAUAGGUAAAUUCCUCUCAUUUGCUCUCACAAUGUUUCUUACUAGUUAGUUCUAUACAACUUAUAACCGUUUUAUCUUCCUUUGUUUGUUUUUGUCUUCUCUAUUUUCUUCUUGUGUUUCUUAAUAUGCUGUGUGAUUCCAUGGUAGUUGGCAUGGUCAUCUGUGGGUCCUUGUGAACGUUUUUUAGUUUUAAUUGACCAUACUUGACAAGUAUCCUUUAGUAUAUAUAUAAAAAGAUUACAAUAUGAAAAUAAUACUUGAACUAAAUGGGUGAUCUAGUCAUCUUUGGUUCCCUGCAAACAUUGUUUAGUUAGUUAGAUGAUUUCUUAAGCAUUAGCCGAUAGGAUUUAGACACUUGUCAACCAUCUUGAGGCUACCAAUGCCAAACAACUAGUAUAAGUAGUAAAAUGUAAACUCUUUGUUAAUUAGUUUUGGUAAUUGAAUGAAUAGUUAGCCUUUGUGUGUUAUUUGGAACUAAGUGUUCUUGCAGAGGUACUUAUCCACCUAUCAAUGUGUUCUAAGUAACUCAGCCCUUUCAUUGCUUCUAAACCAUACACAAAUAGCCCAUCACAUUCCCUACAUAAAGAACGAACAAAAACACUUGGGACUUUUGGUGAUCUGUUAUCUGAGCAGUUUGUUCGACAUGGUAGGUGUUGCAUAUGCUGAUUUAUGUUCUUUAUUUUGCUGUUGAUAAUUUUUUUUCCUUUUAUAUUUUUUGUUUCCUUGGGAGUAUGAAUUGGAAGCCUUUAAAAGCUUCUGACUUGUCAUUUUCACAAAGCUAAUGAUAUUACAUUACUUUUAAUUAUCAAUGUAAUCACCACUACUACUACUUUCAGAUUUCAUAUAUUUUUCUUUCCAAACCUUCAAUUCUUUUGUUUCAAUGCAAACUAUGCUUUCCUGAUAUGUUAAACUCUUGACAUUUGCAUUUUGCAUGUGUUUUAUUUUCAAAAGAUUAUUUGUUGUUGGUAGUCAAUACUGGUUUAGCAUACCUUAGCUUAACUUGAUCCACUUUCACACAGUAUUUGUAUGGUUCUUCUAUAUUUUAUGGCAACAUGCUGAAACUAAAAUACUUACUGGGUUCCCAUAAGACCAAUUCCUAUCCCCUUCCAACCCCCUCCCCUUGCCGCGGGCCUUCCCUGGGUUAGGUGAGAUGCUAAAAACCCUCUACAUCGGAAUGAAGACACGUUCAAAUUAUUAGUAGCAGCUCACUGUAAUUCAUAUCUUCUUACUCAUUAUCUAAUUCUCAUUUGUAUCAAAAAAUAAUUUUAAAUUUGAAUAGAUAUCAAUAUUAUGAAGAUCAUUGCCAUCACCAUUUCUAGUACCUGCUACAAAAUUUGCAACACCAAAACCAUUACUUAAACCAAUUGUCAAUUUGAAAUCCUAGUUGUCCUCAAAGCUUAAACUAGUGGAAAAGGGUAAUCUAUUAUGGUAUUAAAGUGAGUAGUCUUGAUUUUGAACCAUGUCCCACUCUAAACCUCCCAUUAUAUUAAAUAUUUUGGCCCUACGUAUUAAGGGAAAGUUUAAACCCACACUUGAGGGGUAGUGUUAGAAUAAGGGUUAAAUUAUUAAACUCAAUCAUUUGUUAUCAACUUAAACUUUUUUAAUUUGUAGGCAUUUGUCACUUAUCUUCAACGCUAUAGUUAUUUAUGAAAAAAAACUCUAACAUGGGAGGUUAGUAUCAAUUUCUGAUAAUGCAAAGAUCUCUAUACAAUAUUACUUUGGAGAAUGGUGAGUGCAACCCUCUCUUUUCUUAAAUUAAAAAAUAAAUAAAUAAAAGAAGAAGAAGAUAAAAGGAAUAAAUUAUGUUAUGAAUAUAAUUUCAUUUAUGUUAGGUUCUCUAAGUUGAUGGUCAAUGUAAUCAUUUUCUGACUCCUAUUUUGUCUAUUUUGCUAUUUUCUACUUACUAUUUGAGUUUGUGUAGGUGGCAUACCCUUGCCAAUAUUUUCUGAGUGGUGGCUAGCCAAAGAAAAGUUCUCUUUCAUUGAUUCAUUUAUUCUCUCUUCAUUUCCUGG